GGUCCAGAGCGGUUCACUAUUUUCAGACCGCCCCAAAGCUCUUCCUACUAAUAAGAUUAUGAGUAGCAACCAACAUAACAUCAGCUCCGCCUUCUAUGGCCCCACCUGGCGGCUUUUACGGCGGAAUCUGACGUCAGAAAUCCUCCAUCCUUCACGUAUAAAGUCGUAUUCUCACGCGCGUAAAUGGGUUUUGGAAAUCCUUUUUGAUGGUUUACAGUCAAAGGCUGAAACUGGAGAAGCAGUUCAGGUUUUGGCUCAAUUUAAGUAUGCUAUGUUUUGUUUAUUGGUUUUGAUGUGUUUUGGUGACAAGCUUAGUCAAGAUCAAAUCAAAGAGAUUGAGGCGGUUCUGCGAAGAGGGCUAUUAGGUUUUGGAAGAUUCAAUAUACUUAACUUUUGGCCUAGAGUGACCAAGGUUUUGCUUCGUAAGGAGUGGGAGCAGCUUUAUCAGCUACGUAAAGAUCAAGAAGAUUUGCUGAUUCCUUUGAUAAGAGCAAGAAAGAAGGCUAAAGAGGAGAACUUGAGUAAGAAGGCAAGUGAUGAUUAUGUUUUAGCAUAUGUUGAUACUUUGUUGGAUUUGGACUUACCGGAGGAGAAAAGGAAGCUUGAGGAAGGAGAAAUUGUUAGUUUGACCUCUGAGUUUCUUAAUGGUGGCACUGACACGACCUCCACUGCUUUGCAGUGGAUCAUGGCAAAUUUGGUGAAGUACCCUUAUGUUCAAGAUAAAUUAUUGCUUGAAAUCAAAGGGGUUGUGGGAGAUGGGGCGGAAGAAAUCAAAGAAGAUGAUUUGCAAAAGAUGCCUUAUUUGAAAGCAGUGGUUUUAGAAGGGCUGAGAAGGCACCCACCGGGCCACUUUGUGUUGCCUCAUUGUGCGACAGAAGACACAGUCCUGGGAGGAUUUUUCGUCCCAAAGAAUGGAACUGUCAAUUUCAUGGUGGCCGAUAUGGGGUGGGAUCCAGAGGUGUGGGAGGAUCCAAUGGCAUUUAAGCCUGAGAGGUUCAUGAGAAGUGAUGAUGGUAGCGGGGAAGUGUUUGAUAUAACGGGAAGUAGGGAGAUUAAGAUGAUGCCUUUUGGAGUUGGGAGAAGAAUUUGUCCUGGAAUUGGCUUAGCCAUGCUUCAUUUGGAGUAUUUUGUGGCAAAUUUGAUUUGGAAAUUCGAAUGGNAGGCCAUGGAUGGAGAUGAGAUUAGCCUGGAGGAGAAGCAGGAGUUCACAAUAGUGAUGAAGACUCCAUUGCGGGCCCAUAUUUCAUCAAGGGAGAGAUAAGGUCUUGAUUUUCUACCCAGAAAUUAAAUGCUAUUUUAGGUACGGGUUCAGAUGUCACUUUAGCUUUAAUUAAUGUACUGUCCUCGCUUGUAUGCUCUAUAUGACUUUGUAAAACUCUCUGUCUUUAAGAUAGAUACUAUAUGACUUUAUUAUGAAUUUAUCCAAUCAGAAAUAAUUGUGAGUGGG